ACUCCAGCGCUUGUCGAUCGCGAGAGACAAGGAAAUUGAAUUCCAUGUACCGUUAUAGGGUGUAUGUGUGAAUUACAGUGUGUAUGCUGGCCUUCGAAGAUAAACCGGAAUCAGCAGAGAAGGCGGGUGGUAUUUUGAGUUAAAUGUGCUACGUACGAUAAAGACAGGAUUACGCCAAUGGAUCGUCAAGACGUCGCUAAAAUACGUGCUCAUAUGGAUUAUAUCAUCGAAAACCUGGACGUUACAGAUUUUGAGACUGAACUUGUAGGGAAUGGAUUGACACUGAACACUAUCAAUGAAAUUGAUAAGUUAGAACCAGGUCGUGAUAAAAAUAAAAAAUGUCUGGAAUUCAUAAUGAAAUCUAAAAAUGGUUCAUUUAAGACGCUUAUUGACCUCCUGAAAAAACAUCAUUAUGUUGAAGCUGCGAACAAACUCGAGAGUGGUCUGCCACCCGAGGCAGCAUCAGAGGAAGCCAAAGUAUGCGCACAAUCUAUCCACGUACCAGACAAAAAACGUAACAUACGCCCUACACAGAAAGAUUUGGCACAUCUGUCUGGUACAGUUUCUCCGAAGGGAAAGAUAGCGUGGUCCACAUGUUUAGGUAUAUCUCAAUACGAUAGGGACCACAUAGAAGUUGAUAAUCAAGACGGCCCUACACAGAUGAUGAAAAUUCUGUUUCGCUGGAAAACGAAACUAGGAAGUGCUGCCACUUUAGGUGUACUAAUGGACAAGUACAACGACGCUCUAGACAUUGGCGUCAGAAUUGACACAGAAAAAUUGAAGGAGAUCAUUGAUGACAUAAAAUAGUGAUAGCCAUGAUCAGAGACGUGUAGACGAUGACGAGUAUUCCAAAGUUGUCUUGAAGAGUGGUUUCUCGAUUUCCGUUUGUUUUUAGCAUUGUGUUAUACUUCCUAUCACAUGCAUCUGAUUCUGGUUAGCAUCAAUAGAAAAAAAUAGCCCUUCUACUAUAUCAACAAGGUGUAACACUUGAGAUCUACGAUGCAUCGGCUAUGGAACGGAAGUAUACUUGAUUGGUCGACAAAAUUAGUUAUUGUUUAUAGAGUUGUCGACCAAUCAGAUUACCCCUGCAUACCACUCUUAUAUAAUGUGUAUACAGACUACUUCUGUUCCACAGUCGUCGCAUCGUCAUCUAUCACGGUCGCUUUUGGUCCAUCUUCUCAUCUUUAAAUCAUUGUCAUACCACAAAAGAAUAGCAUGCAUUGAUAUAUAAGAAUUCUUAACCAAGAUACGUUACCUAAGUUUACGAGUGAUGGCCCAUGAGAUAUUGUAUCAUAUCUAGUUUACUUUGUAGGCAAAUUGUUCAGACAGAUCAAUCAACUAAUCAUUCCAUCUUAUAGUAUCUAUAUUUUCUUGUAUCUUCAUAACAUGAUAAUGACGAUAUUUAAAUCCAUAGCACCUAUGACAGUAGCCCGAGUUUUCUCUGGCCCUGUCACCAUGUCUGGUGUAGCACCAGACAUGGUGACAGGGCCAGAGAAAACUCGUGCUUAUGACAGACUCACAAUAGCAUUGUUCGUUUAGAUUGAUAUACCGGUUACUAAAUAAAAUCAAUGUGUAGUAGAUAAAGUUUAGUUCCUUUUACCUUGAUAUGACGCAAGUAAUGUUAUGUUUGUAUGUUGAAAAUCGAUAGGUAAUGAAAACUCGAUAAAGAAAACAUUCGUCAACAUUUCUUCAACUAUGAUUAAUAUAUGAGAGUGAAAACAAAACAAUAUAUUAAGGUAUUUAUUCAAUUUAGGCGUUUGUUCAACUUCAGACUUGUUUCCUUGAAAACAGGACAUAUAUGUUUACACAAGUAUCGUAGACUGUGACUUUAAUCUUCAUAUUCCAUUUAUUACAAGCGUACUGAAAAAAAUACCAGAAAACUAUAUUGAAAUAAUUUGAAUUCCUGCUUGAGUUUGCCUCGACCAAUCAUUUAAACAUCUGCCGUAUACUUAUGUAGGUACUUUUGUAUGAUGUAUGUAUGUAUGCAUGUUUUGUGUAUGUAUGUGUGAUAUGGGUCAAUCAAGUGCGAUUACAAGUUGUGAGUCAGUCAUGGUAAGUGUGGAUUUCCACGCUAGACCAUAACACGACUGGCUCACAGCUGGUGAUCAUGAUUGAACUAUCCAACUAUCAUGAACUGUAUGUAUAUAUGUAUAUAUGUAUGUAUGUAUGUACAUGUAUGGUAUGUAUGUGUGGUAUUUAUGUAAUUAUGUACGUGUGGUAUGGUAUGGGUCAAUCAAGUCCGAUUACAGGUUGUGGGUCAGUAACGGUAAGUGUGGAUUUCCACGCUAGACCAUAACAAGACUGACUCACAACUGGUGAUCAUAUUUGAAGUAUCAAAAUAUCACACGGUGUAUGUAUGUAAGUAUGUAUAUGCGAAAUCAAUGUGCGAGAUGCAAUCAAGCAUGAGGACAUAUUUGUCAGGAUACUGAAUCCAGGGCCUCAACCCUGGCAGCAGUCCAAAUUGUUAAAUGUUCUGUGGCAAUAAAAUUUC